ACCGUCGCCGUGAUUGGCUGCUGCCGAGGCCAAGGCGAGUUCACUGGCUCACAUUAUUGUGACUUCUGCGUGCCAAAACGGGGACAAAAGUAGACUUUGUCACCGCCACGACUCUCCCGGAGCACUCCGCCAACACCUCUCCACUCGGCACCUGCACCCAGGGAUGAGCUAGUCAUCCGAAAGUGUGUUUUUGCACCCGUAGUGUCUGAAUGACGGGACCUCGUAUCGGCGCGUGAAUGCAUCUUGUUGUAGUUAGCUUAGCUUAGUUUAGCUUGGUUGUCCUCCACAAAGCGACAUUCUUCUUCACCUUGGCCGCCCCGGAGCUCCACGACCCGGAGGCAUUCGGACAGGAGGCACGGCUCGCCGAAUCAGCCCAGAAAAAGUCAACAAGUCACCAAAGGAAGCUCGUCUUCCUCGUCCUCCUCUGGUCCUCCUCGUCCUCCCUCCCGACAUGAUUCCCGACAAGGUGCCCAAGGACGAUGUCUUUUACGGGGCGGCGGAGCUGCAGAAGGGUGCCCACGUCCCCACCUUCGAGAAGUACAAGGACAUGUACAUGCAGUCCAUCCAGGACCCGGACAAGUUCUGGGGCGACAUGGCCAAGGACUUCUUCUGGAAGAGCCAACACACGGGCCGCUUCCUGGACUACAACUUUGACGUGACCAAAGGGGAGAUCUUCACCAAGUGCAUGGCGGGCGCCUCCACCAACAUCUGCUACAACGUCCUGGACCGCAACGUCCACGACAGGAAGCUGGGGGACAAAGUGGCCUUCCACUGGGAGGGCAACGAGCCGGGCGAUGAGUCGAUGGUGACGUACAGAGAGCUGCUGCACGCCGUCUGCCGCUUUGCCAACGUGCUCAAGUCCCAGGGCGUGAGGAAAGGCGACCGUGUGGCCAUCUACCUGCCCAUGGUGGUGGAGCUGGUGGUGGCCAUGCUGGCCUGCGCUCGCCUGGGAGCCGUCCACUCCAUCGUGUUUGCAGGCUUCUCUGCCGAGUCGCUGAGUGACAGGAUCAUGGACUCUGGCUGCUCCCUGCUGGUCACCGCAGAUGGCUUCUAUCGAGGAGACAAGCUCAUCAACCUGAAGAUCUUAGCCGACGAAGCACUGCAGAAGUGUAGGGACAAGGGCUUCCCACUCCACAGGUGCAUUGUGUUGAAACAUUUAUCCAAAGAAGCACAUGAGACUUCUCUCAGCUGUCCUCCUGCCAAAAGGUCCUGCCCUGACCUGCAGGACAAAGAGACGAGCAGAGUAAAGAAAAGUCGUCCUGUUCCGCAGGUGCCGUGGAACCCGGAAGUGGACCGCUGCUGGCACGCUCUGGUCGCUGCGGCGUCGGACCAGUGUGAGCCCGAGUGGUGCGAGUCGGAAGACCCUCUCUUCAUCCUCUACACCAGCGGCUCCACAGGCAAACCCAAGGGGGUCCUGCACACGCUCAGCGGCUACAUGCUCUACACCGCCGCCACCUUCAAGCUGGUCUUUGACCACCGGCCAGACGACGUCUACUGGUGCACGGCUGACAUCGGCUGGAUCACCGGACACUCCUACGUCACCUACGGCCCGCUGGCCAACGGGGCCACCAGCGUCUUGUUCGAGGGUCUGCCCACCUACCCUGACGUGAGUCGCAUGUGGCAGAUGGUGGACAAGUACCGUGUCAGCAAGUUCUACACCGCGCCCACCGCCAUCAGACUGCUGAUGAAGUACGGCAACGAGCCGGUGCAGAAGUACAAGCGUGACUCUCUGAAGGUUCUAGGCACAGUGGGAGAGCCCAUCAACCCCGAGGCCUGGCACUGGUACUUCUCUGUAGUGGGAGACAGCAGAUGUCCCAUUGUAGACACCUUCUGGCAGACAGAGACUGGUGGACAUGUGCUGACUCCCCUGCCUGCAGCCACACCCAUGAAGCCAGGCUCUGCUACGUUUCCGUUCUUCGGGGUGGUGCCCGCCAUCCUGAACGAGUGUGGCGAGGAGCUGGAGGGUCCGAGCGAAGGCUACCUGGUGUUCAAGCAGCCGUGGCCCGGCGUGAUGAGGACGGUGUACGGCAACCACGGCAGGUUCCAGAGCACCUACUUCAAGAAGUUCCCCGGCUACUACGUGACCGGAGAUGGCUGCCGCAGGGACAAGGACGGAUAUUACUGGAUCACCGGGAGGAUCGACGACAUGCUCAACGUCUCAGGUCACCUGCUGAGCACGGCGGAGGUGGAGUCGGCGCUGGUGGAGCACGAGGCGGUGGCGGAGGCGGCGGUGGUGGGCCGGCCACACCCCGUGAAGGGAGAGAGUCUGUACUGCUUCGUCACGCUGGGUGAUGGACGCACCUUCAACCCCACCCUGGAGGCACAGCUCAGGAAACAAGUGAGGGAGAAGAUCGGCGCCAUCGCCACACCAGACUACAUCCAGGACGCGCCAGGACUCCCCAAGACCAGAUCAGGCAAGAUCAUGCGGCGCGUGCUACGCCAGAUCGCACGUGGCGAGAAGGACCUGGGCGACAUCUCCACCUUGGCCGACUCCUCUGUGGUGGAGACACUCUUCAUCAACCGGUGUCAACCUGCACUCUGACCAGGACCAGGACCAGGACUCGUGACAUCAUCAUCUAACAUUAUGAGCAAGUAUAAAUAAUAAUAAUAAUAUUGCAUAUGAAAUAUUAUUCUAAAUAAUGAAAUAUAAUAAUGUUGCUUUGUGAGCAACAGUUUCCUCUUUCCACUUCUUGUUAAUUAAUUACAUGUUAAUUACAUACUGGAGGGAAGUGUAGAAAGUGUACUUCCUGUCUGCGCUUUUCAACUUAUUACUAUUUGGUUUUUCAAACUGGGGGAAAAGAAAACAUUGUGAGGUUUUUGAAAUAAAAGACCAAGAAUGGA